CAUAAAUAACAAAGGCUGUUGCUAGCUGUUUCAAAUGUAUCAUGUCUUCUAUAAUAUCAGCCUCCCAACAUCAAAUAGACCAACUGAGGUCUAUACUACACUCACUAGGUUCAGACCCUAUCAACGUCUUCCAGAACACGCUACUUCCAUCUGUCAAGCGCUCCAAGUUUAAAUACCUUGGCGCUGCUAUUGCACUCUAUGUGGUCAGCAGAGUGUAUCGUGUUUUUGCAUACCCAAGGAAAUUUGGACAUUUGAAGAAAAUACCAGCGAUAGCAAUGAUGAGAUCAUUGUUAGCAGGCGAAAAUGACCUUGAUCGAACUUACAAGUUUGUGUUACCCCAUUGGGAAGAGACCAACGGUAUCAUGACGGCUUGGGGCCAAUUUGGAUGGGAAGUCAUUGUUUCCAACCCAGAGGCUGUGAGAACUGUUUUGUACAAAACAGAUAUCUUUCCAAAGACGACAAUCUUUCAGACUCAGGCCCAACGAUAUCAGAGCUUGAUCACCAAGUUUUUCGGAAAGACCAACAUGGCUUUUGCCAAUACACAUGAAUGGAGAAAGAGAAGAAAGAUUGCCAACCCAGCUUUCAAGCGCUCUAUGCCUGCAAAGACAUUCGCCUUGUUGACCAGCAGGAUGUUUGAGCAGAUUGAAAAAGUGGAUGGACCAGUGCAUAUACAGAAAUUACUUCAAAGAUUUACAUUGGAUGCUAUCGGCCUCAUUGGAUUUGGAUUUGAGUUUAAUGCUACUAAUACCCCUGAGGGCGAAUGGGUUAAAACAUACAACGAUGUUGCUGACAACAUUGCCGACUUCAAAUAUCUCUUCUUUCCCGCCCUUGAUACCACAUACCUUGGGCUAUUCCCAGAGCGACAAAAGAAGCACGAGAGUUUGAACAAACUGAACACGCUUUUUGAUCAGAUCAUCGAACACAAGAGAUCAGAACUAGCAAAAGGUGCAUCAAAUGUUGAGGAGAAUGAGAAGGAUCUAUUGACACUUAUGAUUGAGGCUGGAAACGGAGAAAAUGAUCAAGAACCUCUCACCGCUGAAGAACUUCGAAACGAACUUGUCUUGUUUUUCUUGGCAGGCCAUGACACCACGUCUAAUGCCAUGACCGCCGCGUUGUAUUUCUUGGCUGCUAAUCCGGAUAUACAAACAAGAGCUCGGCAAGAAGUCUUGAGUGUUCUUGGAGAUGAACCAUUGGACGUUUGGCCCACUCUUGACCAACUCAAGGAAUUUCCUUACCUUACCAGAAUUAUGAAAGAGUCUAUUCGCCUGGCACCACCAGCAACUGGUCUCGUUGAAAGAGAGGCUUCAGUGGAUACAGAAUUGGCUGGCGUGGUUAUUCCCAAAGGCACUCUUGUCAAGAUCGAUACAAUUUCACUCCACUAUAAUGCCAGUCUUUGGAAGGAUCCAACAAAGUUCGACCCUGAGCGAUUUGAAGAAGGAGGCGAGCUGGAGUCAAUGCCAUCUACCUACGCUUAUCUUCCAUUUGGUGGUGGCUCACGACAGUGUAUAGGAAUGAACUUCAGUUUGGCUGAACAGCGUGUAGCAUUAAGCUCUAUCUUACGGAAAUACGAGCUCAGCCUACCUAAAGAUUCUAUUCAUAAGGAUGGCCUUGUAUUUGAUAGACAGCUGCUGAUUUUGACUGCCAAGGACAUGCAAAUCAAUUUCACCAGACGUUAUUAGAUAGGCCGGUCAACUGUCCGCCUUUGCUCCUUUCAUGGAACGUCUAGUAAUACAUAUACUAUAGUAAAAAAUUAUUCACCAUGCUCAC